UCCUGUCUCGUGCGAGAGCAGAGAAACCAGCAGGCGGCUCAGGGCUCGCGCUUGCAGCCUCGGUUGGCACGAGCAGUCAGUGACUUCUCCUCGUUGCGGUCGGACGGUGACAGCUCACAUCGGCUCUCUCGCUUGUCGGACUGAGCUCGGAUUUUUUUUUUUUUUUUUUUUUUUGCCUCAUUGGAUUUCUAUGUUUUAGUGGCAGUAGUAGACUCCAAAAGACUUAUUACAAACACCGUGCUGAACCCUGCCUGCUCUGACGCCGUGACCACACAAUCACACACACGCACAGCAGCUGAUAGAGGCUGAAGAAGAAGAGGGCAGAUACAUAUAUAUAGGAGGAAAGAGGGAGACAUACAACCUCUGGUUCAGCGCUGGCCAGAGAGACAGAGGAGCACAUGAGGAGUGGAAACGGCUUGACGGCAACUUCCUGACCGAUAACCUUGCUUCUGCAACCCCCACCACGUGCCCCGGAACUCCCGAAGCGGGCGACAGAAGGAAGGAAACGAGUGACCAGCCCUCCUGCAGGCAUGAGGUCCUUCCGUUCCUUCAGCAACGAUGACCGCCAUGUCAUGGCAAAGCACUCCACCAUCUACCCCUCCUCUCAGGAGCUGGAGGCUGUGCAGACACUGGUGUCCACUGUGGAGUGUGCCCUCAAACACGUCUCUGAUUCGCUGGAUCAGAGCAGCAGCGACAAUAUCAGCCAGGUCAACAGCCAACCGGCAGACGGCACAGAGGAGGACGACCAUGGAGAUGAGCCCAGUGACAAAACUGAGGAUUCGGCUGCAAGCUACAGGGAGUCCAGCUGCGGUGGCGUGCUGUGUGGCGUGAUGAGGAUCGGCCUGGUGGCCAAAGGCCUCCUGAUCAAAGGCGACAUGGACCUAGAGCUUGUGCUGAUGUGUAGAGACAAACCCACACAGACAUUGCUGGACACUGUCUGUCACAAUUUACCCACACAGAUCGAGAAGCUGACAGAAGAGAAAUACGAGGUCACAAGCUCCUUGCCCGAGGCGGCCAUCUUGGUAAGAACUACAACAGAGCCCAAACUCACACUGAAAAUUACCCUCACCUCGCCGAUCAUGAGGGAAGAUGAAGAAGAGGAGGAGGAGGAGGAGGAGGAGGAAGAAGAGGAGGAGGAGCAGUUGGAGAAUGGGGAGGGAGCAGAGGAGGUGGCAGAGGAAGAGGAGGGGGCAGAGGAAGAGGCGGAGGAGGUCCAGGAUGAAGAGGAGGAGCAGGAGAAGAAGAGCGGGCGAGUGUUGGGUGCUGCUGCGCACAGAGUGGAGGCUGAGGAGGAGGAGGAGGAGGGGGAGGUGCUGGAUAGACACAGAUGUCUGUUGGCCCUGGCAGCGCUGCGACACGCCAAGUGGUUCCAGGCUCGAGUGAAUGGACUCAAGUCCUGCGUUAUUGUUCUCAGGAUACUUAGAGACAUGUGCAAUAGACACCCUGUAUGGGAACCUCUCAAGGGAUGGCCUUUAGAGCUUGUCUGCGAGAAGGCAAUUGCCACCUGUAACAGACCUCUGGGGGCGGGAGAAGCCCUGCGUCGAGUCAUGGAGUGUCUGGCCUCAGGCAUACUCCUACCAGGUGGUCCAGGUUUGCACGACCCAUGUGAGAAAGAGCCAACAAAUACACUAUCAAACAUGACCGACCAGCAGGCAGAGGCCAUUACCUACAGCGCACAGCACUCCCUCAGACUCAUGGCAUUUGGACAGAUGUACAAGGUGUUGGAGAUGGAUCCUCUUCCCUCAAAUAAACCAUCACAGAAAUACCCCUGGUCGGAUAAAGAAGGCUUAGGUCUGAAGAGGCCGUACGAGGAUGGAACAAUGGAUGACAAGGACCUCAUCAAGAAGAUGAAGAGGAAUCUGAGGAAAGUUCUGGACAGUAAAGCCAUAGACUCCAACCAGCCAAUGAACGCCCUGAUGCGAUUGAACCAGAUCCGGCCGGGGCUGCAGUAUCGCCUGCUGUCCCAGUCGGGCCCGGUUCACGCACCUGUCUUCACCAUGUCUGUGGAUCUGGACGGGACCAUUUAUGAAGCAUCUGGAUCCUCGAAGAAGACCGCCAAGCUGCACGUCGCCGUCAAGGUUCUUCAGGCGAUGGGCUACCCAACAGGUUUCGACUCAGACCUGGACCCCAUGAGUUCGGAUGAGAAGUCGGACGGUGAGGGGAAGAGCGAGACGUCAUCACAUCACAGCAAUAACCAGACACACUCCACAGAUGGCUCCAACACACUGGAGGUUCGAACUCAGGGUCCCAUUCUGACAGCGAGUGGAAAGAAUCCGGUCAUGGAGCUAAACGAAAAGAGACGAGGACUAAAGUAUGAACUCAUCUCUGAAAGUGGAGGCAGCCACGACAAACGCUUUGUUAUGGAGGUGGAGGUCGAUGGGCAGAAGUUUCGUGGGGCGGGCCCCAAUAAAAAAGUAGCAAAGGCCAGUGCCGCUCUAGCAGCUCUGGAAAAACUCUUCUCUGGUCCUAAUGCAGCUGCAAACAAGAAAAAGAAGAUACUGCCUCAGACUAAAGGAGCUCUGGCGGCGGCUGCAGCGGCCUCAGCAGUAGCAGCUCAGGUAGCCAGAGGAAGAGGAAGAGCAGCCCUGGCAAGAGGAGCUUUCGUCAGUGCAGCCGCUCCAGGAUACGUCACACCAGGCUUUGGGACACCAUAUGGCUACAGCCCCGCUGCAGCAGCUACCCCAGCAUACGGCGGUCUUUUCAUUGACAAUCCCUUCUACCAGCCACGGACCAUUGCUCCUUUUAUCAUCCAUCUGGGUCCACAGGAUCUCUUCUCUGACUUCUAGAAGCAGCAAGCUUGAUGGAUACUUUCUCCACACUUUCCUGUCUAUCAUGCCGGACACGUGAUUUCCUGUCUGUCCGAGGUUGCUGCCUUCUACCCAGGUGUCGGACUCUCGGAUCUACAACUGUUUUGGUUUGAUCAGAUCACUGUCUGAUCUGCUGACCGGAGACGCAUCAAGCUCCUAUCUCUGUCAUUUAUUCUCUACUCUCGCCCAGAUGCAGAGAGUAACUCUUACACGAAGCAAUAUUCGGAUUUUACGAGAAAAGUUCAGCUGCGACUGCUGUGCGAGGCUGGGCUAGUUUUUCUUAUAGCAAUACACGUGAACUCCUCUCUUUGAGCUUACUUUCUUGAGAAGAUGUGAAUGUCCGAUGGAGUUUUACCCCACACAGCAUUGCAAUAGCUCAUUUUGAUUGUAUAUUCAUUGUAUGUGUGUGUACGUGUGGCUUUAACAUGACUAUAUACACAUAUAUGUACGUAUGGUGUAUGUUUCUAUAACGAUGUGUUGACAAUAAUAUUACUAUAUGAGGAUGUAUUUAUGUAAAUAUUCUAUAAAAUAUAACUAUUGUUGGUAUAAAUUAUUUUAGAAUUAUAAAGUGAAAUGUAACUGUUAUAUCACAGUAUAGCUUUCUUCCAAUUUUAUAUACACUGAGCAAUUGAAGCUAGUCCUAGAGGAUGCAAUAUUAUCUUUGGUAUUCUAUUAACCUGUGCUGUUAGAAUAAUAUGCUUCCUUCUUUCCUUUCCUUUCCUUCCUGCUUUUCCUCUCUCUUUGAUGUCUUUUUGAGCCUUUCUGAGUAUGCUCUCUGCUGCCCGAGGUUUGUUUACAUGGCCCCGGUCCAGAGGUGCUCACUACUGAACACACUCAUAUCCUAAUCUUACACACAAUUUUCCUGUCAGAAAGCACAUUUUCUAUAGUCUCACUGCUGGCAGGGAUUACUGUUGUUACAAAGUACGAAUACAAAGUACAGUACUGUAAAUGUAUGAUAUGUGUAUACUCUGAUGUACGCACUCCUCCCUCCACCAUCAGCACAUCUUAGCGGAUACACCCAUCAUCUCUCGGAAACAAAUGUCAGCUCUGUCCCGCUCGCCUUAGGGACCAAAAAGCACAGUUCAUGCACACCCGUUUCUGUUCCUUCUUUCUGCAUAGAAAACACACACACCCUUCCCUCCAAGGGGCACAUUUCAGUGUGAUGCUGCCAGACACCGAGACAUCAAGAGAACCUUGAAUUUGUCGUAUAUGUUCCUGAAUUUGCAUCACAUCUCAGAACUUAGUUAGAGCUUUAAGCAGGCUUUUAACAUGGAUAGGAUGAUGGAAUGGUACCUGAUGAGUGCAGACUGAUUGCUUUCCUAACUGUGUCAUUAUUCAGAGAGAAAAGGUUGGACGGUGCAUCCAAAGUUGCAGCCCUCAUGGCGUCCUGUUUUUGGUAAGGAAAGAGACACCUGUCAAUCAAGUAAACACUCUCAAAGUUUGGAAGGCACAAUGUCAACAUUUCCACCAAGAGACACAUAUGACCAAGCCAGAGUUAGCUUUUGACAUCAGCAUACCUUGUAAGAACGUUCACUAUGUUAUGAGACUGAAGUUCGUUUUUUUCUGAGCAUUUGAAGCAUGGUGUCUGAUAAAAAUCUUUAAUCGAACCAAAAAAAAACAAAAAAAAAAACAAGUUUAUUGCAUAUGAUUAGUUGAUAUUUUAGUGGGACUGCUGUGGUUUAGCACAUAUCAAAUUGGUGAUUCAACUCAGAAGAGAUAUAUUCCACUAAGCUAUAGUGUGCUUUACGCAAGUCUGAUGUUAUCUGUGAGGCUUUAGAGCCGUCGCUGACAUAUUUCUCACGCAUGUAUAAAUGCAUGUGGUGCUUUCACCCUGUUCAUUAGUUGUUUUGUAUUUUGGCCCUUUGAUAGAGAUGAGAUGUCAGACAGCGGAGUGAAAAAUCAAACAGAAUGUGCAUCAAAAGGCUUUGAUUCUCCUCACGCUUGCCUUGAUCUGGGCACCAGCUUGAUCUGACAUGUUUGUGCCGGCUUUGAUUCAACAAAACCGACGCCUGAGAAUGAGACUGAGGGCUCACCGAGGCCCUAAAGCCAAUUUUUGGAAAACAAUAAGUCAAAUAAGAAAUGUAUUGUGGAACACCACUAAGCUGACAGUGAAGAAAAUGUGUGGAUUUCACGUAGGAUGGAAAACAAGUAGCUGUGAUUUCAGGAUUUUUAGGUCUAAAUGAAGGAUGAUAGGUGCUUGUUUUCUAGUGGUGCUCUGUAUCUUGGAGCAGCGAAGUCACAUUCAUCAGUGUGGUGUCAUAAUUUAGGAAGAAAAAUGUGUCGGCCACCUUUAACAAUUGGACAUAUCCAGUGUGUUGUUUGACUAUUUCCAUGUCUUUGUAGCAUCAUCUUCUAUUCCCAGGGCAAAGUUGUUAAUGAAAUCUGUAACACAAAGCGCUCAUGAGUUUAAAGUUUAACUGGUCCUCCUUAACCUGUUGUAAUACCCGCGCUGCAGCUCCAGUGUCCUUGAUCAAUAUUUCAUAUUGCUAAGCUUUGUUUACAAAUGAGAAAACAUAUCUGGCUGGUGUUUAAAUGAGUAAAUAAAGUGCCAGGAUCGUCUUCCUUCUCGAACAUGGAGAGGUAUUAAGAUGUUAAAAUGUCUUAGAAACUACACCCUGCUUCUUAGAACGUCAGCUUGUUAACAAGCUGACUUUUUUUUACCUGUGAAUCUUUGCAGUGAGUAUCUAUCUUUUUAGUUUCUGUGAAAUCUCCGAGCACGUCUAUCCGCCUCUAAAAGUCUUGACAUUUCUGCCCUGACUUUUCAUUCUCCUGUGGAAUUCACAUGGAGGUGAAUAACUUAGAGCCUUGGCCAUGUGGAAACAGAGCUUCUCUAUCAGCGGAGAAUUUCUCCUAAUUUCCCCUCUGCCCUCUGUCUCUCUCCCUGCCUCCGCCAUCUCUGUCCAGAUGUCCCACAUUAAUAAGGCAGACAGUCAUACCUCAGUGAGCAACCUUUUCAUUUCCCCUUCCAACUACACAGACACGCAGGAGGAGUCACCCCGACUACUGACCCUGUCCUCUUCCCCGCUCUGUUAGGCUGGAUGGUCGUGUAUGGAGGACGGCUGGUAGAGGGAGAUUUUAGAGAAACACAGUAGGUCUAAAAAAAAUUAAAAAAAGGCAUAGGCUUUGGUUUGGUUGAUCAGUAUAAGCGAGGGAUUUGUUGUUUCCUGUUUAGGCAGUGUCAGUUUUUCUGUGUUUUAUAGUACACAAACAUUACAUUUUAUCACCAGAGGAUCCGCCUGAGUGAUGGUGUAAAAAGAGGCCAUUUGCAUCCAAGUUUCUUGUUGUCUAAUCAGGGUUAUUGCAGGUUAAAAAAUAGAACUAUAUUUUCUUGUUCUCAGAGAGUAUGUGAUGAUAUAGAGAAAUAUUAAAAACAGAGAGGAAAGAGAAACUAAUGACGCUUCAUAAGAAACCUCAAAAAGAAAGAGAAAAGAGGAUCUGCAUCUUCCGGCAGCGUUUCCCAUCAUAUUGCACCAUCAGGAAGACGACAAUCCACGCUGUCAAAACAACAUAAAUGUGACUUAUUAUUCUCCCCGGUAGAAACCAGCUCAAAGUAGCCAUAUUUGAAGUCUUGGACAGGAACGUUCAAUGGCAAAACUUGAUUUAACAAUAUUUUUUUGUGUUGGAUUCGAUUGCCAUUUAGUUUAGUGAAACAUGUUCUUCUCUUCCUGCUCCUCUGUUCUCCAUUAUUGUCAGUUAGAAAUCCCUAUAUCACAAGAAACAGCAGCAGCCAUUGUGCUCACAACACCCUCCCCCUCCCUGCACAAACAAUGCCUCUCUUUGGGCGAUCAACAAUUACACCUGUACAUCUAAGAAGCACAACACACCCACACAUUGUUCUCAGGGCCACCUGACACACACAACAUGUAUGCAAAUAGACGAACACACACACAAAAGCAAAUAUGUAAUCACUAAUGUAAAUAUUCCAACAAUAAGAUCUUAGCGCAUAGAGACAGCAUGACAUUCUUUGCUCUGUGGUUUGUAUGUUACACGCAAGACUGUACUGUAUGUAGUGAAGUCACACAGGUGGUGAAGCCAUGGUUGAACUUUAGGAAUUGAGCCAUGAACAGAGAAAGAAUAUUGUCCCAUGUCCAUGAUUAAAAAAAGCUGUCUGUGGAAUGGAUUUAGCUUAUGAGAUUGCUUUUUAGAGAAACAGCCGUCAUCUGUGGACAACUCAAGCUUUGCUGUCAGGAGAAAAGAAGGACGAAUGCUGUCAUCAAAAGACUUCUUUGGCACCAAAUACUUGGAGCUUUUCACAUUUUAGAUGCUGCAAUAUGUUCACUAGUCAGAGCGUUUGCUGUGCUUUCAUUGCCAGGUAAAGUAGGACUUUUAAUUUGGAGAUGGUUUGGACACAGUUUCCCCCUAAAGGCUCCUCUUCAUCCACCUGCCAGGUAAAAGAUCCUAAACACAAAGAGAAGGAAAAAAUUAUUCCAGUCAUGCUUUUGGGGAUCCAGUGUGUUUUUUUGUGUGAUGGGAUUUAUCCAGACACCAAAGACUCUGAAGCCUUUGUUGCACAAAUCUGAUGAUCCCUUCAGUCUCAUAAGGGAGAGACGGUGCUGCAUGUGAUCUGAUUUUCAACGUCUAGACGGUUACAAAAUGUCAGGUACAAAAAAACAAAAAAAUCCACCAUGUUUAUGAAAGAAAAACGAUCUUUCUCAUUCUUGUGUUGGCAUAGAAAGCGUGGUUCAACAUCUGGGACUACAUUUAUGUGGAUGCAGAGUAAGAACAGACCUAGAAUAAGCCGGAAAGUCCAUCCAAGAGUUGAAAAUAGAUUCAGGAUCACAUUUCAACUGCUGAGGCAAAGUCAACCCGACUAACUGCUUAACAGAUCAUUUUCUCCAGGGUGUGUGUGUGUCGAGGGGGUGGAGGGGGUUCGUCUGGCAAGCACAUUAACUGGAGGGAAUGGGAAGAAAACACAUAUACACAAUAUUGCUAUCACAUUUAGCAUGUUGUUGCAUAUUUUGUGGUCAUGUUCCACUGAUUGUUUAAGCCCAAUAUCCUCCUGAUAAACGAUCAAAGCAUUUUGGUUGGGAAUGUACACUGUUGUUCUAGUGAUUGUAGAGUAGAAUGUAUUUACUCAUAGAGUAAACUUGCUUUUUUGUAGAGAAGCAUAUAUACAGAAUAUAUAUGGAUACAUACAUAUAUAUACAUCUAUAUAUCUUUUGAGCUAUACUUGUGUGUGUGAAAGUUGUUUUCGGGCGCAUCCCCCAUAUAAGAAAUCCUGUGUUGUGUUUUCCCCCUUUUCCAAUUUUCAUUUAUGUUUCAACGGACGUAGCGUCUUAUGAGUGACGCGUGUUUAUGUUUUCCUGUAAAUAUGAUUUUUUUAUUUUAUUUUUUUGACAAAAAGGGGAUAAAAGAAACUGUUUUAAGGUGCUGCCAAUGAAACUAUAAAGUGAUAUCUGUCCACAGAAUCUGUUUGACCCAUCAAAUUAUCAAAGUUUUGUGAAAUGUAAUGAUGACAGGGUGAGAGGCUGAACAGAGGCCAAACGACAAACCAUGAAGGUUAUUUUGAGUCGCUGUGGUAGCAACAUUCAUACAGUGAUGAUCUGUGGUCGUCACUGUUUUCGACAUAAUCUAUGCUUGAUGAAUAAAUUGGAGAAAGUGCUGAAUCUCUA